GUUUUUUGGACAGACCCAGCAGCGGUCAGACAGGGAGUUUGGUGAUUAGGCAGUCUCAAUAGUCACCAACACGGCGAUGCGCAGCUAAAAUGCCUAAAGGGCCCAUCCGUCCUUCUCCCUGAGUAAUAUGGUUUUCCCACCACCACUCUUUGGAUCAGACUUCGUUCCUCCUUUCCGUUUUGAGCAGCUCUACCGGCGUUCCCCUGUCCAAUAUUCCUCAGGUAUCUGUAUAAUCUAGUUUUGUUGAACCUUUCCUUUCCCUGUUUCUGCUGUAGGCGAUUGUCUGGAUGGGAUGGUUUCCUCACGCCCCUUCAUACACGCUCGAAGAACCCUCUCGCAAGGGGGUUCUUCAAUGGAAAAUUACUGGGAUUGUGCGAGCAUAACUUUGACCGAGUCAACGGAGGACCAUUGGUUGACUAAAGUAACGGCCGGUACUCUGCACGAAUUCAAUGCCGGCCUGAAGCCGGAUAUUUUAUCCGUCAAAUUUGAUAGGCCACGAAAGGAUCAAAUCGACGGAACGAACAGAGGACCCAGGACCUUAGUCCGCUGGGUCGAUGUCUUCGUCAACUGCCUGCUUCCAGAGGAUCUUAGCCACAGAGUGACCACCCACGUAUACGAUGAGGAAACACAGACCAAGAGCGGAUUAUGCCCCGAUUACUGGUUCUGCAAAGCUUAGGUGUGGAUGCAGUUCUAUGCACCGUGGGCAAGCUGAGUGCCUGGUUUUUGCCCCCAACUUUAGUUUCCUUCAUACACUGCAAUCCAGAAUCCGGGGACUGGGGGAACCAAAGAACGCCGCAACGCUCUAGAAAUCCAGUAGUACCGUCACCCAGCAACAGAGGAAGCGCGAUUAUAA